AUGGAUCCCGCUUUACUACGAGAACGUGAAGCUUUUAAAAAAAAGGCACUUGCUACUCCGAGCAUUGAAAAAAAGAAAACAAGUAAGGAUGAUUCUCAAUUUAAAGAUGAUAGCAAGAAGUCAAAAUCAAAAUCAUCAAGCUCGGUCAGUGCUGGACCGAAGCUUGAUGCCUCAAACUACAAAACUAUGACAGGAAGUUCCUCAUACCGAUUUGGAGUACUUGCACGAAUAGUCAGGCACAUGAGGGCAAGGCAUCAAGAAGGAGAUGAUCAUCCUUUGACCCUUGAUGAAGUGUUGGAUGAAACUAACCAAUUGGAUGUUGGAAAUAAAGUCAAGCAGUGGCUACAAUCGGAAGCACUUCAAAACAACCCCAAAAUAGAAUGCACUCCAGAUGGAAAAUAUAAUUUUAAGCCUGUAUACAAAAUUAAAGACAAAAAGUCAUUAUUACGACUGCUGAAACAACAGGAUCUCAAAGGACUUGGUGGCAUUUUACUAGAAGAUGUUCAGGAAUCUUUGCCUCACUGUGAGAGAGCACUCAAGAGCUUAGCACAGGAGAUUCUCUAUAUUAGUAGACCUACAGAUAAGAAGAAAAUAUUAUUCUACAAUGACAAGACUGCUACUUGUGACGUCGACGAAGAGUUUGUUAAGUUAUGGCGCGCCACCGCUGUGGAUGCAAUGGAUGAUGCAAAAAUUGAGGAAUACUUAGAAAAGCAAGGUAUUAAGUCGAUGCAAGACCACGGGCCUAGGAAACCUGUGGUACCUAAACGCAAGAAAACGGCACAAAAGAGGAGGCAAUUCAAGAAACCGAGAGAUAAUGAACAUUUGGCUGAUGUGCUUGAAACUUAUGAAGAUAAUACAUUGACCCAGAAGGGUGUUGUAUUAAGAGAAGUACCUACACACAACCAUCCAUUCCACGACGGCAGAAUUUUGAAGAAACUCCGCCUCAAUAUUAUUUUUAAAGCCUUCAAUGAAGCCGAAAAUCGAGCUGAACAGAAAAGAGCACUGGAAACUGUAGAAUUAAUACAACGUUCCACAGCUAGUGAUGAUUCAGAAUAA